AUGAGUGAAGUCGAAGCAAGCGCGAUACCUGAGGUUUUUGAAUCUCGCAAGCGUAAAAUUCUUGCAGAACUCUCCGUUCCCGAUGCAGAGUACACAGACCUCUCGCCCAAGGGGUCUGUCGAUGAGGGCAUUCGGGACCUCAUUCAUGAUAUUAACACUCAGCCAGGCCUGGUUACUACUAGUAGCUGCGCGGGGCGUAUCAGCGUGUUCCUAGAGGGACGGAAGAAGCAGCCGAAGCCGCAGGAGGAGCAAGGGAGACAGUUUGUAGCCUCGGGGGGUAAAGGUGCUGGAAAAUGGCUGUAUGUUUCUCACGAUCCUUUGCAAGGCUAUGGUGCACUUUCUGGCAGCAAAAGUCCUGAAAGAGGCGGUCAUCAAGCGAAGUCGUUGCAUGAGUUGUUUGGAAUGGUUCCUGGAGAUGGUAAACCCCCCGGGCUGAACAAACAAGGAAAAGCCCCGCGUCUCGUGCGCUUCCAUUUCGAGCCUCUGAUUCUUCACAUUAUGGCAGCCACGCUGCAACAUGCUCACCCCGUAUUAUCUGCCGCUUCAAGCUCCGGUUUCCGCGAAAGCGGGCUACAGAGCUUGCGCUGUUUGGAGGGUGAUGAAGGUCCUAGUCCGAUCGUCGCCGUGCGCUCUGCAGGUUUAUCCCUGGAGUCAGUGAUCGGGUACUGUGAGGAUAGCGACGCCGAUGCGACAACAACCGACGAACCAGCCAUCCGCAGCUUAGUAACAGAGGAGUAUCUGCAGAUGUUGGUUGCAAUCUCAAAUGAAAGGUUCGCAGUCAAUACGGAACGGAAAACAAGAUUCCGGGAGAAUUUGCUGGAUUUAUACUCUGCAAAUCGAGGGCCAAAGACGAGCAAGAAGACCAAACCUCCCGGAUGGGAGGAUGCCCAGACACGACGAGAGAGGAUGAGAGCUGAGGGGCUGAUGAGAAAAAAACUUCUCCAGGACCAGGCGAAAGACAACAAAGUUCAAGAUACGUUGGAAACUACUAAGGAACCGUGA